AUGUCUUCCAAACCUGAGACGAAGCUUAAUGUUGGGUUGGAAGGAAAGACGAUCACAGAUGACAACAUCGACCACUUCGAAAAUCUUGCAGAGAGCUUUGAGACCGACCCUCAUCUUGAGCGCAAGGUGCUAUGGAAGCUCGAUCUUCUUCUGAUGCCUCUUAUGUCUCUACUCUUCCUCUUCCUCUUCCUUGAUCGUGCCAACAUUGGCAACGCACGGGUCGCUGGUCUACAGAAAGCGAUCCAUGCCACGGACUAUCAAUACCAGCUCGCACUGAUGACCACGUACAUCCCAUACAUUCUUAUCGAGUUCGUCUCGAACUUCGCUCUAAAGGCGAUUGGUCCUCGCUUUAUGCUACCGGGUCUUUGCGUUCUUUGGGGUCUUGUAACCACCCUCCAAUGCUUGGUACAGAAUUACACAGGGCUUGUCAUCUGUCGCUUCUUCCUUGGCUUGUGCGAAGGAGGCUUAUUUCCCGGUUUUAUACUCUACCUCUCGUUUUUUUACAAGCGACAGGAAAUGCAGAAACGUAUUGGAUGUAUCUAUGGGGCCGCUUCCUUGAGUGGAGCGUUCUCUGGAUUGCUCGCGGCCGCCAUCGUCAAGCUCAAUGGUGUGGGUGGCAUCGCUGGGUGGCGUUACAUUUUUUUGCUUGAGGGAGUUGUCACUAUUGCAUUUGGCUUUUUGGUCAUGCUAGUAUUGCCAAACUCACCUUCUCAUGUGCUUUGGUUCAAGCCAGAGGAGGCACAAUUUGCGACUCAACGCCUCAUUGCAGAAGCCAAUGUCAAGGAGAGCCCUCGCAUCCGCAUGGAAGCCGUCAAAUCGACGUUUCACGAACCCCAUGUCCUCAGUAUGAGCGUUAUUGCCUUCUGCAAUGGCUUGGUGAUUGCCGGUCUUUCUUACUUCACGCCGUCUAUCGUGCAGGCAAUGGGUUAUGGACCGACACAAACACAGCUCCUCAGUGUACCACCAUACGCGUGCGCCUUUGUCCUCACGAUGGUUGCUGCCUGGCAUGCCGAUAAAUAUGGCCGCCGUGGCUUGACAGCAUUGGCGACACUCAUCUUCGCACUUGUGGGAUGUAUCCUCAAUCUCUGCAGCGGAUCGGUCGGCACCCGCUACACGGCUCAGUGUUUCCUCGUUGCCAGUAUCUAUUCGACAGCUCCAUCGCUGUUAACGUGGGUACCCAACAACACGGCGACAUAUGGCCGCCGUGCCACAGCGGUUGCAAUCGUCUUUGUCACCAGUAACUCCGCCGGCGUUGCAGCUAUGUGGCUGUAUCCCACCAAAACGGCACCCAGAUAUCUUCUGGCCAACAAGGUCAAUCUUGCUGCCCUCUGUCUGGAAAUGGCUUGUCUCGUGGGUCAGAUUGUGUUGCUGAAACGUUUGAACAAGGCCAAGAAGGAGCGACGCGAGGAACUUCUACGACCUGUGGCGCAUCUCACUCAUGACGAGCAAAUGGAGGUUCUUGGUGACCAUCAUCCCGACUUCAAGUAUGUGCUGUAG